UGUCACUGUUCUUCAUCCUCACUGCCGACCUUCUCUAGCGUAUGAAUCAUCAGAAAAGUCCGAUUAUCAUUACUCACCCCAACUUCCCAUAUAGUAUCUUUGGUACAGGGUGGCCUCAUAAAUUUUGUCCAAUUUAAUUAAGUAGCUGAAUUUGACCAUUUUGAGUUUAGCAAUUUAAAGCUCAAAAUCCAUGCAUAACUCUUGGUGCGAUUGAAUCGGAAAAGCAAUUUGAAACCGGCAAAGACAAAGAUUUACCAAAAGUUAUUGCAGAAGCAUAAACAUGGCGGAGGCUGCGGUCUUAGAGAUGAUACAAGAUCUCAAGAGUUUACACGUUACAUGUGCCGAUACCAGAAAGCAAUCGAUUUUAAAGAGAACAAUCAAUGAGCUUACAGAGACAUUGGAUUUCUGGAGAGACUUGGAAAUGGAAGAGAGGAGCAAGCUAGAAUGUUUCAUUGCUGAAUUGGUAAAGUUGGCUCGCGAUGUCAUUGACGUGGAAUUUGAGUUUUACAGUAACAGUAUCAAUAGCACGUAUGAGAACCUCGUAAUUCAGAUGAAGACGACAAAGGUGCGGAUGAAAAGUAUCGGAUAUGAGGAAGAAGGGGAAAUUGUGGUGGGGUUGGAGAAAGACGUGAAGAAGUUGCUGGAAAAAAAUAUCUUAAAUAAAUUAAAGGACUUUCAGAUUUUGUGUAUAAAGGGCAUGAUCGGUAUCGGGAAGACAAGUCUGGCCAGACAACUGUACAAGGCCGGGGCUGGCCAGUUCGAGCGUCAGGCUUGGGUAUGCGUUUCUAGUGACAUGCGUAAGGAUGAGGUACUUAUGAGACUGAUACAGCAAAUGGUGCCAGGAUAUAAAAGAAGAACAUUUCAAAAGUUGAGCGACAAAGAUUUCCUUCGCCAGAACCUGGAAGGAUUGUCAUGUUUCGUAGUCUUGGACAAUCUGUCGAAAAAAACACACUUAGAUUACAUUUUGGAUGGUCUUCCAUCUCGAGGUUGUACUGGAAGCAGGUUGCUGUUAACAAGUCGCAUUGAUCUUAGAUCAGCCAACAUGUUGCAGUUAACAAGUCGCUUUGAGUUUAGAACAGUAGACGUUGGUUAUACUCAUGAGAUGAACGCUUUGGAUUCUGACAAGAGCUGGAAAUUGUUUUUGAAAACAAUUGAUAAAGUUACAAGUGUUGAGAACAAAUUCUCAAAGGAGAUGGAGAGAAAGGGGAAAGAGAUGUUGAAAAAAUGUUGGGGUUUGCCGCUUGCUAUAAUAAAUGUUGCAAGGCAGAAAGCAACACAAAGACUUUCGGGGAUUGAAUGGGAAGCACUUUUUGAGUCAAUUGAAUUGAGUGAUACAUUGAAGUUACUGGAACCGAUGUAUCAUCAAUUGGAUGAUAGAAUCAAGCCAGAGUUCGUGCAUUUGUCCCUUUUUAAGGAAGAUGCAAUAUUGAGGGACGAAAAGUUGGAUCAGAUUUGGGCUGUAAAUGGAUUAGGUUUUCCAAAACUUUCAUCGGUUUUUGCUCGUAGAUCGAUUCUUAGAGUCGUGAAGCGGCUCUUUAGUAAAACAAGGUUUCGCCUGCAUCCUUUGUUACACAUGAUAUCAAUCAGAAAAGCAGAAGAGGAAAUGGGCUUGGAGAUCUUAAGCAGCAAUGGAAACAGUAGGCCCUCUCAGAAUGCCCGUCAUCGUGUUAUCCAUUGUGGCAGAGACAAAUUUGAUCCUUUCACGAAUGAACUUAGCAAACAACUUAUUUCUCUUAUCUUCCAUGGAGGUGGUAGCUACUUGGACGACACUAGCUCGUCUUAUUGGGAGAGUUUUGAAUCACUCAAAAUACUUGACAUGGAAGAUUUUGGGGUGAAGACUUUACCCGAAACAAUCGGCACACUGGUUGAGUUACAGUACUUGGGAUUGAGAAAUAAUUACAUACAAGAGAUCCCACAGUUGUUGGCGGAGUUAAAAAAGCUUGAGGUUCUUGAUAUAUCUCAGAACUUUAUGGUGGAGGUCCCGGAUAUUAUAUUGGAAAUGAACAGCCUUCGUGAUGUCCACAUGUCUAAUGUGAUUUUCCGGGAGUCUUUGAAAGUAGCUACGCUGUGCAAACUGCGGACCCUAGAAUACAUCUCGAUUUAUGAUUGGACAUAUGAGCGCCCGAGCUUCAGGAGAAUAAUGUAUGACUUUGAAACGCUGGGCUUUGAAGAAGUUGAUGAAAACUCGGAUGUAGAUACGCUGUUUGCAUCACUAGCUCAGUUUCCGUAUUUUAUUAAUCUUUUCUUAAGAGGGUUUCGUUAUAGAAGCAUGCCGUGUUUGGACAAAAUUGGUGCUAUACGAAAGCUCACGGUACUAAAACUAGACGGGCGUAUAGGUAGGCUACCGAGUGCUGAUAGUUUACCUGAAAGGAUUUUUUACAUAUCAUUGGUAAAUACUUGUCUUGAUGAAGACCCCAUGCCGACAUUAGAGAAGCUCAUUUUCCUAAGCCGGCUCAAACUGCGAAAUGCAUACACUGGUCGAGAAAUGGUGAUCCAACACGGCGGAUUUCCCAGGCUCAAAGUGCUUUGCAUCAAUGAAUUGUGGAAUCUUAGAAAGAUACGAGUUGAUGAAGAUGCAAUGUUGAUUGUCGUGGAACUAGAAAUCAAUAGCUGUCCACAUCUGGAGACACUUCCGGAACGGAUUCAGAGGAUGUCUGAACUGAAAAAGUUUAAGAUGGUAACAACCAAACACAUUGCAACAAAGAUCAGAAAUGCAGGUUUGACCUCCGAAAUUUCGGAGGAGGAUAUCGAUCCAUAGUCUGAAGUUGAUAUACAUCGGAAAGAUACAAGUUGUGGAAGGUGCAAUGUUGACCGAUGCGUGUACCUCGACUAGCAGAGAGACAGAGGCUGUAUUCGCUGGCUCAACCAAUUCUUCACCAAUGCCGUCGCUCCCGAGGGCCAUCACCAGACGUCUCCGCAAAGUUCAUCAACCACGGUGUCUUGAAGAUUUUGUCUAUGAUUGUUUCCUUUAUUUAUCUUUUAUUUUUGGAAUCUUAUUGAUUUCCAUGUAUCGAGUCGAGCAUAAUUAUAUGCUCCAUUCUGGGUUUUCUUUGUCGGUUCUUUCCCGGAAUGCAAAAGAGAGUCGAACCGCACAGUUGUAAAUAAGUAUAAAUAGAUUUAUUGUAUUCCAUCUCAAUUAAGAAGUACUAGUACAAUAUAAUUUGUCAAUUUCUUA